UGACCUCGCUCUGUGACCUUGUGCUGUGACCUCGCGUGGUCACACACUUUCUGCCCCCGUGCUUCCUAAAUACAUCCACAGAUUAACAGAUGUGGUUUGACACAUUUGUCCAUAUACUGUAUGAUGUGUUGCAAUACACAAUCAAUACAAUAUGACGCAUGUGAUGGAAUGCAGUGUGUAAUACAAUACAAUCUAAUAGAACAGGAAUGAUUAAACUGCAGUUUAACAAUGUUGUGCCUGACCCACAUUUUGAAACCAUACAAGAAACUAAAAUAGGACUGGAGUCCAUGUUAACUUGUGUUAAAUAUAAACAGCUCAUAACUGUGGCACCUGGCAGCAUUAAGUGCAGCAUAAAUCACUUGAACAUAGACAUGACUCAAUCUGUCCUAAUCCAGAUCUUUGCCUCCAUCUUCUGUUUUUUCCCCUCUCAGGUGGUCAUCCAGACAAUGACAGCAUGAGUGUCACUAAGCAUUAAACUCAUCCACCUAACCCCACUGGAUUACCACAGAUUACCAGGCCCGAGGUAGGCCUGAGAAGCUGGACUAAUCACUCCUUCGCGAGUUCAAUCCCUCCCAGUGAGGUGGAGGAGCAGGUUGAGGAACGGGAUGUGCCCUGAGCGUGGAACCGAUUAGUUGCAAAAUCCGCAGAAUAAGAUUUAGAUGUUUAUCUUUAUCUGAGAGGAGAGAAGGGAGAAGAUAUUAAUAUGAGACGUGAGCGGUGACUGCAGGACAGACAUGGGCUAAAUGUGUGGCCAAAGUCUCCAAAAGAAACAAAGGCCCCAAAUUUAAACCUGGCUGCUUUGCUUCUCUUCAUCAUGCUCAUUUUCUUUGACUGAUGCUGCAGCAGGAGGCGGGUUAGAGCUCCUCCUGCAUCCUCUGGCCUGCACAUCUGUCUCUUGUUUCCUUCUCGCUGAAAAGAUUAAAUCCCAUCGCUUCAUAUUUCUCAUUGUCCUCUGACCUCCGCUUGGCGCUAACUGUUCUCCUUCCUCAGGCCCGCCCUACUUCCAUCUCUCCAACAGACUACUUUUUAUCUUCCCCUCUGACCUUCGUUCUGCUUCUCAAACACCACUAAUCCCCGCUCCUCACUUCUCUCUCUUUCCUCCCACGUCAUCUUCAACCUUCAUUUUAUUUUCACUCAUUUUUAGUUCCCCGGUCUUCUGAUCCAGGCAGGUCACCACAACCUUUUUGACUCACACUUGCCAUUUCCUUUCCCAUUUGGCUCCUUGUGAGUUGAGACGCAGCCAUGCUGGAGAAAAUGUCCAGGCGUAACCGCUCCCUGCUGUCGCUUUUCCUCACCUCGCUGGCCCUCACGCUGUCCGUCUGGGCUUUCUGCACCUCCUACUGGUGCGAAGGGACGCACAAGGUGGUGAAACCGGUGUGCCUGUCGCCGGUCAAGAUGAAAAACUGUGGGCAGAACAACAGCCAGCCAUACACCACAGAGGGCCCCACCCCAGACCUGAGGAACCCAGCCUCCAAUGUCACGCUCUCUCCUCAGCAGAAGGAGGAGCUGGCCAGGAUGAGGAAAAAGCAGCUGGCUAACGCUGUCCACUACAUCUGGGAGACGGGCGAGGACAAGUACAUGCUGAGAUACUUCCACACCGGCUUCUGGCUCUCCUGUGAGAAGCACAAUGAAGGUGCAGAUCAGGAAGAAAAGUGUCGGAGCUUCAUUGAGCUGACACCAGGAGAGACACAAGGUGUGCUCUGGCUGUCCGUCAUCAGUGAGUUCAUGUACAUCGGUCUUCUGGCUAUGGGUUUCCUCCUGAUGUGUGUGGAAGCUUUGUGUCUCUGUGCCAAGAGGGAGAUGAAUGCCCUCAAGAUCAACGCCUUUGCGGCCAUGUGCACCGUCCUCUCGGGCAUGAUGGGGAUGGUAGCUCACAUGAUGUACACCACAGUGUUUCAGUUGACUGUGAGCAUUGGACCUAAAGACUGGAGGCCACAGAGCUGGGACUAUGGAUGGUCUUUUGCCUUGGCUUGGCUUUCAUUCAGCUGCUGCAUGGCAGCUGCUGUGGCCACACUGAACUCCUACACAAAGACCAUUAUAGAGAUGAAGCACCGGGCUCGGGUGAGGCUGGAGGAGGCCCGAAAUACCACCAGUGCCCCCUCCUAUGAGGAGGUUGUUCGAGCUGGGCCAGGAGGGAUUUACUCCGUCAGUCAGCUGAUGCAGCUUGGCCAACAGGGGGUUCUGAUGGACCCACUGUGGCCCAGAGGAGUGGGACCAGCUGUUGGACCUCUGGCAUGUGGUGCUGGGGGAGCGCUACUUGUUGGAGGAGGAGGAAUUGGAGUUGGAGGCAUGGGAAAUCUUGGUGUUGGGAUGGGAAUGGGGGAAGAUGGAGUGGGAGGAAUUGCAUCCUUGUCAGGCAUUGGAGGAAUGGCUACAAUGGCAGGAGUAGGAGGAAAUUGUGUUGGAAUGGGAGGUGGAGCAGGAGGAGGAGUUGGAGGACCAGUGGGAGCAAUGGGAGCAGGUGGAGUGGGAGGGGGGAAGCUGGUAGAUCCUCGUGGAGUGGUGGUGGUGGAGGGGUGCGGCACCGAAGGAUGUGAAGACUGUGAACGUGAGAUGGACGAGAUAAAUUAUGCUCUGCAGGAGGAGCGAGAGGACUCGCUCUGCUAAGACUGUGAAAAACUUUUCAAAUUUCAAUUUCUAGAUCAGCAAAGAGCAGAAAGACACCAGAGUGCUACUGUCAGGGAUAAAGUUACCACCACAACAUUUACAUCCCAUUGCAGUAAUGUUUCUGAGCUUCCACCUGUGUCCUGGGACUGCAGAUUUAUCUACAGCAGAAGAACCAAAACAAUUGGCUUAAAGAGGCUCAAAGCUACACAGAUCUGCAGAGUUGGGAGCUAAUUCUCACUGUAUGUUCACUAGUUACACAUUUUUGCAAAAAGCUCUAAAGAUUUAUUUAAGUAAUUCUUUACAAUAUGCUUCAUAAUUAUGUUUUUUUUGUUUUUUUUUUAAUAUAUGAUAUAGCCAGCAUUUGGUCCUGCAGAGAUCAAACCUUGUACAAGGAUAGGGUGCAUAGAUUUAUGCCAUAUUAUUAUUAUAUUAGCAAAAGAAUGUUUGCUUCUUUCAUAAUGUAAUUUUAUAAGGGGUUUAAAUCAGGAUAUUAUGAUGUGAGAUUUGUUCAUUUGGCACGUCUACAUGUCUUACAUGGAAUUGCUUUCUGUUUUUCCCGGCUGGAUGUACACAUAACUAAGUAAAACAAAGAACACACACAGUUUGGUUCUUUAAAGCUACACAAAGACAUUUAUCUUGUUUUUAAGGAUUUUUCUUGCUCAAGCAAAUCCAGCCUUACACUUCUUCAGGGAUUUCAUGUAAUUUAAUGACUCACUGGAUGUUAGAGAUGAUGUGAAUGUAUUCAAAAGGACAAUAACGUGACAAUUAUAUUAUUGAAAUUAGCAAUCACACAUACUGUAUCUAUAGUUUUGUUUUUACUCUGCAUGAACGUAUAAAAUUCUCCCUGCAUUAAGGUGAUAAAUAAACAUGAACCACAGUUA